UGGGUAGAGAUUUUGAAGAUUUUAAACAGUCAAUAAUGACGAAAUUUGAUUGAUAUUUGUUCCUAUAAUCUGACACUUCACGUUCCGUGUAGGGUUUGAUAACUCCAAAAGAGAAAAAAAUAGUUUCUACGAUAUGGACGAAUCUCAUCCGAUCGUAGCUCCGGUAGCUGGAGUGGGAGUCGGAGUCACCGGAGAUGUUGCUGUUGUUGUAGCUGGAGGAGGAAGUACUGUGAGUUCGGUUGGAAACAUGAUCGGCGGCGUAGGCGGAGGAGAGAAGAGGAAGAGAGGUCGGCCGCCACGUGGACAAGCGGGGAAGCCACCGCCGCCGCCGAAGAUACAGAGAGUGGUGGUGGAGGAAGAUGAGGAUGAAGAUGUUUGUUUUAUAUGUUUUGAUGGUGGUUCUCUCGUACUAUGCGAUCGAAGGGGUUGUCCGAAGGCAUACCAUCCAGCUUGUAUUAAGCGGGAUGAGGAAUUUUUCAGCUCAAAUGCUAAAUGGUUCUGUGGUUGGCAUAUUUGUAGUGUGUGUCAAAAGGCUUCUCACUAUAUGUGCUAUACUUGUACAUAUUCAUUGUGCAAGGGAUGUACUAAAAAUGCUGAUUACUUCCAUGUCCGAGGGAAAAAAGGCUUUUGCUCAAUGUGCAUGAGAACUAUCAUGCUGAUUGAGAAUAAAGACCAAGGGAACAAUGAAAAGGUUCAAGUAGAUUUUGAUGACAAAGGCAGCUGGGAGUAUCUCUUCAAGUUGUAUUGGGUAUACUUGAAAGAAAAGUUAUCGCUAACACUUUGUGAACUUAUUCAAGCUAAAAAUCCCGAGAGAGAAUCAGGUAGGAUACAGGGGGAACUGAAAUAUGGUCAUCAUGUUGCAAAUGUUAAAGGAGAGGGAUCUAUCAUGGCUCAGCGCAAAAUGAAUGAGAAAACAGAGGCUCAUGCAACUAAUAUCUCGGAGAAGCUAGGAAAUCGAGCCAUCAUUGAUCAGGCUGUGGAUGGGUCUGGAUCUGAGACUUCAAUUGCAAGUCUCUCAACAAUGAACUCAGCAUCCACCAACAUCAGUGAAACAGAUGAAGUGUGGCAUUACCGUGACCCUAAUGGUAAAGUGCAAGGAUCAUUUUCGAUGACACAAUUGAGGAAAUGGAGUACAUUGGGGAUUUUCCCACUUGAUAUGAGGAUAUGGACAAAUAAUGAGUAUGACGAUGCAGUACUUUUAAAUGAUGCACUAAAUGGGCUGUUCCGUAAAGCCCCUGCUGUUCAUGGGAAGACCUCAAGCCAGUCUCAUGAGCUUGGACCUGCCUCUGAUGACAGAAAUGGUACUGGGUGUGGAAGUUCUGCUGGAACAGGGAGAGAAUGCAGAGAAAUGGAGGUACCUCGCCAUCGUGCAAGUAAAGAUUCAAAUGGAAAUGCUGAGAAUAUGAGGAUGGAUGGGAUGUCGGCUUCUUUUCCAAAAUUUUUGGACUUGAUGAAUGGAAAUAAUUCUUAUUCAGACAAACUCCAACUGUGUAGCGCAGUCCCUUCAUCUCAUCAUGGCGAGGUGCAUGUUGCUCUUCCAAGUAAGGAAAGAGUUCAUGAAAAUGUGGAGCUUUGCAUUGCCACAGGUCAAGUAAUUAAGGAUUCCUGUGGAAGCACAAUAUGCCAGAAUACUGAUACUUACAGUCGUAAUACCCAAUCUAACAGCCAUAGUAAUGUAGGGCAGUCUUCUGGACAGAAUUGGGGGUCCUCAACCAGUAGCAGACUUUCAUUUAACUUGGACAGUGGUUUUGCUUCAGGUACCAAUUCAAAAGAUUCAUUUGAGCAGAAAGGUAACGUGAAUCUUCCAGAUCGGCCAAGUCCUGCCGCAAAAACCACCUAUGACGAUAUUGAAGCUCAGGCUGCUGAAAAGCUGCUUUUUUUGAGUUCAGGUGUUCCUCUUCGUGCUUCAGAUAUCCAUGAUUGGUCUAGUUCUACUCCAAAGUCCUAUGGUGAAGCUAAAGCGGGACAGGCAACUGGAAACAAAGAAUCUGCUCCUUCUAAGCUUUCUGUGCAGGAUUCAGGCCCUAGCUGGAGCAGUGGUUCUAGUCUAGCUGAUGAACAGGACGGGAACUCACCAACUGCAGAACCAUCUGCUGAAGAACGGGAUGCUGGUCUUGUCUCCAUUUCUUCUCUGAAGCCAGCUGAAGCAGUGAGUGAUCAUGUUGCCACACCCAUUCCUAUAGCAGAUCAACUUAAUCUUAAUCUUACUUCCACAUCACUCCAGAUGUCAAACUUAUCCAGUUGGCAGGCAACUGUUAAUGAGCCUAUUGAGUUCAGCACUUUGGCUGAAGAGUCGGUGUCAGAUCUAUUGGCUGAAGUUGAUGCAAUGGAAUCUCAAACUCAAAGUGGUAUGGGUUCACCUACUUCAGCAAUGAGGUUUAGUGAGCAGAUGAUACCAGGUUACAAAAACUUUAUUUUAGCUUUGUUUGAGGACCUGAGUCCUACGCAUGAUCCUGCAAAAAGUGAUGGCUUGAGCUCAAAUGGAGAUAUAAAGUUGCCUUGUCAAUCACCUGUGACAGAUGAGUUAGUUGGGCCAUCUCAAGCUGAUGUAUUUGACCCUUUGAAGAGGUCUGAUGGGAAUUCAUCUAAUGAGCAGCGAGGGAGAAACUAAGCACGCUAAUCUGUCAAUCACCUGUGACAAACAAGCUAGUUGGGGCAUCUCAAGCAGAUGCUUUUGACCCUUUAAAAAAGGGUCUGAUUCAAAAUUCAUCCAACAAGUACAGAGGGAGAAACCAAGUCCGCUGAUGUUUCCUUUUCCAAAGGGAAGCUUUUUUCAAUAUUGCUGCACCUUGUAUAAGUCAAAACAUUGAAUUUCUCAGCAGUUGAUAGGAGUACUGAAUAGGAAGUUAUGAGCACUGGCCGUGGGACAUCUCAGGGAAACAUGUUUUGGGGCUGUUCAGUUCAGGGAUUUGCAAAUGUUUGUUGGGAUACUACCAAGGAUACUGCAUGGGUAAAUCCAUACUUGAAUUGUCUCCGUUUGCUGGGAAUCAAGUAUGGGAUAGUGUGGAGGAAGUUCACAGGGGAGAGUUUUUGUUGGCGCAAGACUGGGCUCUUCAAGGGACUGGGAUUUUGUUUGGUAGGUCAGACUCAGCUUCCUCCCCAAGGACAAGAAGUUCGUUAACUUUGAGUUCUAGUUUGCAAGAAAGGGGUGUUGUUUGACUAUCUAUACCACGUAAGGUGUCAAUUACGUAAAAUUUGAUUCAAUCCUUCUCUUUUCCACAAUUAAACAUAUGACUGAGAUCCCUCCCCUCUCCUCCCCCAGAAUCAUUAUGUGAACUUUGUAGAAAUGAGGUGCAAAAAAAAUAGUAUACAUUGCCACAAGGUAACGCUGAUCCAGCAAA